AUGAAGUAUCUCCCUCUCGUCGUUGCAGCCACUGCCAGCCUGGCACCUACGGCUUCCGCCCAUUAUAUCUUCAGCAAGCUCGUGCUGAACGGAGAGGCUUCUGCGGAUUGGCAGUACAUUCGUGAGACUACUCGCAGUGUAGUCUACGAGCCGACCAAGUUCACUAGCACUUUUGACAAUCUGACACCCAAUGAUAACGACUUCCGCUGCAACCUGGGCUCGUUCAGCAAUGCUGCAAAGACCGAGGUCGCUGAGGUCGCCGCGGGCGAUACCAUCGGGAUGAAGCUCUUCUACGACACCAGUAUUGCGCAUCCUGGUCCGGGUCAAGUUUUUAUGUCCAAGGCACCCACCGGCAAUGUUCAGGAAUACGAAGGCGACGGGGAAUGGUUCAAAAUCUGGGAAAAAACUCUUUGCGACGAGAAUGCCGACUUGACCAAGGACGCCUGGUGCACCUGGGGCAUGUCUCAAUUCGAGUUCCAAAUCCCUGCUGAGACCCCGGCGGGCGAGUACCUGGUGCGCGCCGAGCAUGUGGGCUUGCACGGCGCUCAGGCCAACGAGGCUGAAUUCUUCUACAGCUGUGCGCAAGUCAAGGUUACAGGCUCGGGAACCGGAUCUCCGAGUCUGACGUACAAAAUCCCUGGUCUCUACAACGACAACAUGACCCUGUUCAAUGGCCUCAAUCUGUGGGUCGACUCAGCCGAGAAGAUAGAGACGGAUAUCCUGGAGACGCCAAUUGGUGAUGAUGUGUGGAGUGGACAUGGCUCGGGAAGCUCAUCUGCUGCCUCCCCUUCGGUCAGUAGUGCAUCCGUCGCAAGCCCGGGUACAACUACCGCUGUUGCGCACGCCUAUGUUCAGACCCCUGCCAGCAGCAGCACUUCUUCGACGGCCGCUAGCUCGGGGAAUCUUGUUUCGCACUGGGGCCAAUGCGGAGGCCUCAACUAUGCUGGCCCAACCGAGUGUGAGUCGCCUUGCACCUGUGUGGAGCAGAACCCUUGGUACCAUCAAUGUGUGACUUCGUCUUAA